ACCGCGAGCUGGCGCCAGGGGCGGCGGGGUCAGAGCGUGGCUUUGAAGCCGCUUCCGCUACCACCAUGAGCGGCCGAAGUAGGGGUAGAAAGUCCUCCCGCGCCAAAAGCCGGGGCAAAGGCCGCGGCAAAGCCCGAGUCCGCGCUCCUCCUGACGACGUCCCCCGCGACCCGGACCAUCCACAGUGCCAGAGGCUCGGGGAGGAAACCCAGGCGGCACAGGUGCAGGCUGGCGCGGGUUGGGGUGGCCUGGAAACCGCUGCGCCCGCGCCGUCCCGUCGGCCCGGAGAGGACGCUGCCUGCCGGCUCCCACUGGACUGUGGCCUCGCGCUCCGGGCCCGAGCUGCGGGGAAUCGCGGGCAGGCCGCGACCAGGCCCAGCCCGGGGAAGGCCACAUCCCUCUCGGAGCGCCUAGCAACAGACACUGUCUUCGUGGGGACCGUGGGAGCCGUGGGAAGGCCGAAAAAUGGCCCCCGCGUUGGAAAUCGGCGUGGCCCCGCCGGGAAGAAGGCCCCAGAAACCUGUAGCACAGCGGGGAGGGGGCCUCAGGCCAUAGCCGGCGGGAAGCUGAAGAAAGGGGCCACAGGGGAGAGUGUCUCCGUCCCUGUGGUAGAGGAAAAGAAGGUGGAGAAGGAUGCAGGGUCGGGGCCCCUGGCGACAGAUGGCAGCAUGGAUACGCUGGAGACGGUCCAGCUGAAACUGGAGACCAUGAACGCCCAGGCAGACAGGGCCUACCUUCGCCUCUCGCGGAAGUUUGGGCAGUUGCGACUGCAUCACUUAGAGCGCAGGAACCUCCUCAUCCAGAAUAUCCCGGGUUUCUGGGGGCAAGCUUUUCAGAACCACCCCCAGCUAUCAUCCUUUCUGAACAACCAAGAUAAAGAGGUUCUCAGCUACUUGAACAGCUUGGAGGUGGAAGAGCUUGGCCUCGCCAGAUUGGGCUACAAAAUCAAGUUCUACUUUGGGCGCAACCCCUAUUUCCAAAAUAAGGUGCUCAUCAAGGAAUAUGGGUGUGGUCCUUCGGGUCAGGUGGUGUCUCGUUCUACUCCAAUCCAGUGGCUCCCAGGGCAUGAUCUCCAGUCGUUAAGCCAGGGGAACCCCGACAACAGCCGUAGCUUCUUUGGGUGGUUUUCAAACCACAGCUCCAUUGAGUCUGACAAGAUUGUGGAGAUAAUCAACGAAGAACUGUGGCCCAAUCCCCUGCAGUACUACCUUAUGAGUGAAGGGGCCCGUGCAGAGAAAGGAAAGGAGGGCAGGCAAGGUCCAGCAAGGCAGCCAGUGGAGACCCCUGAGCCUGGGGCAAACAAGUCCAACUGA